GAUCGCCGGUGAGCAUCGUCACCACUCCAGCACCGAGCCUCGUCUGGCCGAACACUGCGCCGUGCACUCGUCGGGAUUGCACAACAUUCCUGAGAAAUAUACCUGCUAUUUAUGGCAUGUGGCUGGUAACUUUAUUCCUGCUGUACUCUUUCCAAGAAGUGAACAGUGAGGAUGUGGUCUCGACGCGGCUGUACUUUGUAAACGCCUCCCUGCAGCGGGUGACCUUCUCCAGCUCGGUCGGGGUGUCCCUGCCCUGCCCUGCGGGCGGCGCACCCCAUGCCGUCCUGCGCUGGUACCUGGCCACCGGCGACGACAUCUACGAUGUGCCCCACAUCCGCCACGUGCACGCCAAUGGCACCCUCCAGCUCUACCCUUUCUCGCCCUCCGCCUUCAACAGCUACAUCCAUGACAACGACUACUUCUGCACCGCAGAGAACCAGGCCGGCAAGAUCCGCAGCCCCAGCAUCCGCAUCAAAGCAGUGUUCAGGGAGCCCUAUACGGUUCGGGUGGCAGACCAGCGGUCCAUGCGGGGCAACGUGGCCGUGUUCAAGUGCCUCAUCCCCUCGGCCGUGCAGGAGUAUGUCAGCGUGGUGUCCUGGGAGAAAGACACCGUCUCCAUGGUGCCAGGUAGGAGCAUCUCAGAUUUAGACCUGAAUGAAUGGAAAUGGGGAAAAUGGGCUGUCUGGUUGGCUGGUUGGUUGAUUGGAUAUAAUGAGCAUGAAAAUGGCAAUAUUUUUGGGCCCCCAAAAAAGUACAACUGUUAUUUCCAACGCGGGAUGGACAUCCAUCAACAAACACAUUCGCACUUUGAAAAGAAACUUCACAACCAAUCACCAAUGCAUGUAAAUGGGAUUGCUUAGUUGAUUGGCUGAUUGCUUAGUUGAUUGGCUGAUUGCUUAAUUGAUUGGCUGAUUGAUUGGUUGAUUACAUGAGAAUGAACAUGACAAACAUGGCAGAUUUUGGCCCAAAGGAUGAAAGGUGUUAAACAACUGUUAUUUCUGUACAUUGACUGUGGGAUGAACAUUCACUUGCAAACACAUCCACACAGGGAAAUAAAAACGCAUUCCAUAAAAAGUCACAGCGAACAGACUCUGGACUGUACCACCCACUGGAUUGUUGUGUGUGAGCAUAAUGGUUUUUGAAUGUUGAUUUUGGGCUCCUGAUUUAAAUGAAUAUCACACCCUGUUUUUUUUCCCGAUAUUGCUGGUUAGACCCUCAGACCCCUGUUGAGGUCGCUUGGAGUUCUGUUUAUCAGCACUAAUCUGUUUUGUGGUUUUUAGUGCCGUGUCCCAUUUUGCCUGGACCAAAGUGUCAAAUGAUUCAAAAUGGAGUCUCAUGAAAUGGCCUCUCAUGGGGUGAUCUGUGGCUCGUCACUCAUUGCCGUUUUUAAUAGCAGUGUGAGGGGGAUAAAUCAGACAUUAGAGCUGACGAAUGUGUGUGUUUGCGUGGGUGUGAGCUUGUGGGUGUGAGCGUGUGUGUCUGAGUGUGUGCCUGCGCACCCACGUGCGUGUGCGUGUGCGUGUGCGUGUGUGUGUGUGUGUGUGUGUGUGUGUGUGUGUGUGUGUGUGUGUGUGUGUGUGUGUGUGUGUGUGUGUGAAGAAGCUGCAAUUCAAUGACAUUGCCUCAUUGUAACUCAUUGGAUUGAUGGAGUGGACCUGUUUACCCAUUGAUCACAUUCAGACCAUAGAAAACAAGCCAUGACACACAAACUGUCUUUAUAUUCUGCCUAUGUCACUAUCUUUGUCCUACAUUUGAAGGGAUGUGCUGUCAAUUUUCCUGCAAUAUUAAAAUAUCUAGGUUUCUAUUUGCGUCUGUGUUAUAACUGCUAACAUGCUGUUACAGAAUGUGGAUAUAUGUGUGUGUGUGUGUGUGUGUGUUGCGCUGUGUGUAGAUGCCUAUAGUGCUAAAGGUCGCUCUGCGGUCCAGUAGUAAAUGAAGGGGUGUCAGAGAAGACUGCUCAGGUCAGAUGACACACAGGUCGCUCGCCUCGCUCCAGCUCUCACCACCUUCUGAUACUCCCCUUUCACCUCUCUCAAUGUUGUUGUGUGUGUGUCUACGUUUGUGUGCGUGUGGCUCUGUCCUUCACACUGGAGCACUCAUUGAUCCAGUGCA